CCGGAUUGCGACCAUUCAUCCAGCCUGCUAACUCGAGCAGGAUAUUCAUCUUUGACGUCGGAGAACGUCAGCGUAAGGAUCACUCAACUUGCACAUGCUCGAACUUCGACGAACUGCCCGACUAUUUUCUCCUGGUUUCUAAAGAAAUUUCUGAAAUUUGGUUUUGGUCGCCUCUGGCAUUUUAAAUUUCUGAGUGCUACUCGCUCCAGCAAGGUGGGGUCACGAGACCGUGAGUCGCGAUUCUCAGACAUUCCACCGCCUCCUUUUCUUUUCUUUUCAUCUCCGGAACACCAACACCAACCUUCAUUUUUCGCUGAUUUACCCGGAAACCAUGGGUCAAUACUGGAACAUCAUUAAUAUCGACAGACGCGAGCAUCUCGGACACUGGGCCACCGAAAGCUUGCGCAUCAUAAUCCUUUUGGCGGACACGUGGAAAGGCUGCCGUAUCAUAUGUGCUGGAGACUAUAUGACGGAUAGUCCCCCAAACGUACUCACCUCUGAAGAACUCGCUGAGAUCGAGAGUCUCCCUGAGGACAUUGAGACCGGGCGUGGGAGGACGUUAUAUACGUUGGCGACUGAGCAUUACAAGCAUCGAACCCAUUGGAAUAGAAGUUUCGACUUGGGCGGGACGGUCUUGAGGAAUCGGACAAAGCGUGUUUAUGUGCGGCGGGACGCGGUAGUGGAGGAAUUGGCGGAGUAUGGUGGUGAUAUUGGCAGCGUACUGCUUGCUAACAUCUCCUGGUCGAAUGACUCGUCGUGUGCGAUGAGAGUGGAUCUUUCUAGAGGCGCGUGGGCGGGAGAUAGGCUUGAUGUAGUGCCAUUGUGGGCGGUGGAGAAUAACGAGGAAUGGGAGGAUGUGACGGAAGACCAGGUCAAGCUUACUAGGUUUGCUAUUAGCUGUAACCGCUGAUUUGUUCUGUCUUUUAUCUGCUAU